AUGACGGUCCGGCAAAACGAAGAUAUCUUCCCCGCGAAGCUGGGGCCCGAGUAUGUGGGCUUUGAUCAUAUCCAGUGGUACGUCGGCAAUCCCAAACAAGCCGCUUCGUACUGGAUCACUCGCAUGGGCUUCCGUCUCAUUGCAUACCGCGGCCCGGAGACCGGCUCCUCCUACAUUGUCAGCUACGUCGUUGCCAAUGGCGGCGCUACGUUUGUGUUGACGGGGCCUGUGUGUGGACCGCCUUCCGACGGUUCAGAAGACGGGCUAUUGCGCCAGGCUUCCGAUCUUGAGCGGGUCACGCUCGCUCAGAUCCAUGAGCACCUGACUAUCCAUGGUGACGGUGUCAAGGAUGUUGCCUUCCGGAUCGCGGGUGACAUUGAAGCCGUAUGGAAGCGUGCUGUUGGUAAUGGUGCCCGAGCUAUCGCUGAGCCGCGGACUGUCGCAGUCGACGGGCAUGGUCCACUCAUCUCUGCUACUGUUGGGGCGUACGGGGAUACAGUUCACUCUCUGGUGAACCGUGAGCGGUAUUCAGCGGAUGCACCUUUCUUGCCGGGGUAUCGAGUCGUCGACAGUGAGGACCCGAUUUCGCAGCUUCUAUCACAAAUUGACUUCCUCGAGAUUGACCACUGCGUCGGGAAUCAGCCGUGGGGAGGAGUGGACAGUAUUGUCCAAUAUUAUGAGGAAUGUCUCGACUUUCAUCGCUACUGGACCGUCGACGACAAAGACAUGUGCAGCGAGUACUCGGCGAUGCGAUCCAUCGUCGUCGCUUCGCCAAAUGAAACCAUCAAAAUGCCCAUGAAUGAGCCAGCAACCGGCAAGAAGAAAUCCCAGAUCGAAGAAUUCGUCGACUACUACCACGGCGCCGGGGUCCAGCACAUCGCCUUCCGCACGCACGACAUCAUUGCCGCCGUAACUGGACUCAAAGCUCGCGGUGUUCAAUUCCUCGAUGUCCCGUCUGCAUAUUACGCCGAUCUACGAAAGCGCCUGACGCAAGUCUCAUGGACGCUUGGGGCCGACAUAGACGUACUUGAGCAGCUGAAUGUCUUGGUUGAUUUCGACGAGCGCGGAUAUCUGCUUCAGAUCUUCUCGAAGCAUGUUGGGGAUCGACCGACGGUGUUCAUUGAGGUUAUUCAACGGAAUUCGUUUGAUGGGUUUGGUGCAGGGAAUUUCAAGAGUUUGUUUGAGGCAUUUGAGAGGGAGCAGGCUUUACGUGGGAAU